AUGACAAUGGCAACAACCACAGACCGCCAGAAAACCAUCUUCGUCCUUGAUGCAAUGGGGUACCUAGGCUUGCAGUUUCUUGUUCUGCUUGGGUGCAAGUCGCUUGGAUACCAUGUUGUUGCACUUGUUCAGAACCUCGAUCCUGAGGGUAAGAAGCUCAGGCAACUGAGGGAAAUCUAUGAGAACCUGGAGGCGGUUGAGGGCACGUUGGAAGAUAAAGAGGUCAUUGAGGGGAAGCAGAAAAGGCAAACGCCUGUCGGGAUGACACCAAUGCCAGCAGUUCUUGCUGGCCUGACCAAACAAUUGGCUGCCAACCCCGGCGAUCCACCUCUGUACAUCCACGUCUCUGGCCUCAGGAUCAUACACGACAAAGCGUGUGGAGAGUUCAUCGAGAAGUCGGCCAUCCCACAGUACAGCGACAUAGGGUUCGACCUUGUGAAGUUCGGUGCGGAUGUGGCGCACAUGAAUUGCGACAGAGAGAUCGCAGCCGCUGGUGUUCGUACUUAA